CGCUCUUCCAGACCCUCGCCACUGGAUCGCAAAAGGAGUCCGAGGACGAUAUUACAAAUAUCUACUCAUUGAGCAGCCCGCUGUCUGAUCUUGGCGUGGUCACAUACUCACUUCAGCAUCAGAAACCUGUCAGAUUUGGCAAAUCACGCACUGGCCCGAACGUGGAGUUUGAAGCUCUUGAGCCUGCUGAGAAAGUGAUAUAUGUGUCUGCUAAAAAUGAGCUCCACACACAUCAAAAGCUCGGUGUGGGACCUCUGAUCCUUGUGGUGACUUUCAACGCCGAUGCCAACGUGGUCUCGGUGUGGCAUGCCUGGUACCUCGAGGAGAAGUCACUGCGAACAUUGCUGAAGCUCAGGACAGAACAAAAGGCUGCCAAAGCUCGACGACGGAGUUCUUUUCUAAGCGGAAGUGCUGCCACAGGAAGUGCAACUCCAGCUGUUCGACGCCGAGAUGGUCCUCGAGAGAGUUUCGCACCUGCCAACGCUCUGCUACUGCCCGACGCCCUUGCGUCGCAAGGGGAUCCAUCGCGAAAAGCCACGCAAGAGGAGGAAGCGCAGAUCAUGGCUGCGCAAAUGGACCCAGAUUACAAAGAUGAAGGCUCACAACAGCCUGUGCGUGAGGGCAACCGCAGAAUUAGCAGCAUCAAUGCAGAUGUCCGUACCAGCCAGACUACGGUCGGAGGUAGCUUCGCAGGCACUGCAGGACGUCGCCACACAUCUUUCGGUGGUCAUCAGGCAGGAAGGAGAUCCUUGAGCCAUCGCAAGAGCCGAGGCUCCACCCCUGGCAACGUCUUUGGUCAGAGCCUUGGUCCAGAUGAUGAUACCAUGGAUUUGGACUCGACCAUAGAAUUCGACCCGGAAGAGAGCCUAGAUGGGAUUCUACGCCACAUUCGCAACACGUACGAAGUUUCAGGUCUAGAUACAGUUUUCGGCAGUGUCGAAGAAGGCUUUAAGCGUGAUCUCGUUGUCCGCAAGAUACAUUCUUUCGCGGUGGGGCUGCGCACUUCGACACGUAGCGAGGCUGGUCCACCAGUCGACAACUACAGGGUUGCGACGCUGUCUGAACCUGCUUCCAUCAAUGGGCCGGACGACCCCAGAAUUCGACUAUAUCUCCACGAUCAACAGAGCAAAGAAGUGCAAUACGUCGCGCUAAAGGUCAAGCAUUGCGCACUAUAUCCAGGGCUAGCCGACUCACCGAUGGUUGCGGUACCGUUGCUCACUGGAGAGAGCAGACUCGAUUUAUGCGACGAUAUGAUUCAGGUCAACGAUGGAAAACUGCAGACCAUUCUGUUUGGCAGUCGAGGCGUCCAGUUCUCAUUGGACGAGCAGUUACCCUGCCCUCUGCUAUUCGAUGGCCCUUACAGAGCUUAUAACGCUCUGGAAUUUGACCGUAGAGUUGAUGAUGAGGAGGACGUUGGUAGGAAUAGAACAUUUCCACCUCCUCGGCCGCCACUCUUGUUGCAGCACGUUGGAGCCCGAGGAGCCUUUGACGCGAUUGGCGCCGAUGGGGUGCAUCACCGCAGAAGACUUCGUCUGCGCCCAUUUGACCCUCAUACAGAUCAGCUUCUUACCUUGUGCGAGCUCAUGCUUUCAAAGCAACAGGCGCGCACAGUACGAAAGACAUGGUGCAUGGCAUACGCCUGGCUGAAGCAGCAUCCCGAAAAUGUUGCGGGAACCAGCAGCGACAAGGAGUUCGUGGCAUUUGUCGCAACAAUGUUCACCUUUGUAUUUGGAAUUCUGGACAGCAAAGCCCGAGCGGCCGUCAGAGUGGCAAAGGUGGCUGCUGGGAAAGGCACUGCGAGUAGCACUGUUGCCACAAGCGUGAUGCACGAAGAACAUCAGUGGCACCGUACCACAUGUUCUGCAUGGUCGUGGCUGCCACCAGCUCGUACUCCAGCUGGUCCGACGUCUUCACGUACCCAAGAGAAGCGCAAAGAUCAGCUCCUCGUCGCAGCCGCAGCAGUCGCUGACGAAUUGAUCAGCAGUAGUGUACCAAAUGCCACGCAAACGAACUCGCUGGCGGCAUCGACGGCUAUGAAAUUCAUGCUGGGUCUUCACAUCUUCCGAGAAGAGCAUGCGCUAAAUAUACUCACCUCUUCGCAAUCUUUGUCCGCACAGCUGGUUCCUGUUAUUGCUCAGCUGGGUUCCUGGCUCGGCCUUGACGGAUGGACAUUCGCUGCCGGAGGUUACUACAAUUUGGCGGGUGCGAGAGAAGAAGAAUGGGCUUACGUCAAGUCACGGCCCACCAGAAUACUACAAACGGGUCUCCUUGAGCGGCCAAUUAGUGCAUACCAAUGGUUCGAGAAUGCUCUGAAACAAAACUCGCCUGAGAGAUAUCCCUCACUCUACAAAGUUGCGCAAAUGGAAGCAGACCAAAUUGUGCCCAAAGUGUCACAAAGGACUGCGAACAAGCUCACGCCGCGAAUGACCGCAUUUUCGAACCUACUUGCGGCCACCAAUGGUCUCACCACGAGCCCGACAAGGACCGUUGAGCUCUUGGAAGAUGCACAAUUUACAGUGGAGAUGUUGGAAACUUUGCCCGAGUCUUUGGCAGCGCCGCUCAGGGAAGCCAUCGUCCGUUGCGAAAAGGAGCCACCGACAACAUGGGGCAGCGACUUGUUAUGUUUGGUAGGCCGAGCAGAUCUCAUCGUGGGGACGCAUAGGAAGACAAGCUUACCGCAUCGGCCCUUGGCCACAUCAGCCAUGAGCACUCGCGAUGUGCAUGCUGUAUGUAAUGUCGUCGAUCAUCCUGUCGUCCAUGCAAAGACGAAAGAAGCUGGGCGUCACGCCAUUUCCCAGCUUAUAUUCAGCGAAGAUCGCAGGCUAGUGGAAGCCGCGAGCCUGAUGCAUUUCAACACCGUGCAGCAAGGCUGGUGCCCGAAACAUGCUGUGUGGGAUGAGCAACGGCAUUUCGACGAACAGCGCAAAGUCAUGCAGCUUGUCACGACUCGAAUGAUUGCUCUUCCCGCUGGAGAUGGUAUGAUCCAUUACGACAGCCAGACGCCGUUGUUGACCGAGAAAUAUCACCUGGCUGGUUUCAGCUCGUCUUGUUUGAUGCAACCUAUGGGCCACACACUGACCGCGGACCGCACUGGUCUAACCGAGGAAAAGCUCAACUGGGCAUAUUUUCACGCUGGCGUCUCCGCUGGCCUUCGCAUCUCGAAAGAUGUCAAAGGCAUCGACACUUCUUGGAUCGCGUUCAACAAGCCAAGCGAACUCACGAACCGCCACGCUGGUCUAUUGCUUGCUCUUGGCCUCAGUGGACACCUAAGGCAACUGGCGAAGUGGCUAUCAUUCAAAUACCUCACCCCGAAGCACACCAUGACAUCUGUAGGUUUACUGCUUGGGCUAUCGGCUUCAUACAUCGGCACGAUGGACGCUCUCAUUACCAAAAUGCUAUCUGUGCACAUUACCAAGAUGCUACCUCCCGGCGCCGCAGAUGUGAAUGUCUCGCCAGCAACACAGACUGCUGGGCUGAUGGGCAUUGGACUCCUCUAUUACAACACCCAACAUCGUCGUAUGUCUGAAAUCAUGCUCUCUGAGAUUGAGUAUCUGGAAAUUGAAGAUCCAGACAGUGGGCCGGACCCCUUGCGAGAUGAGAGCUACCGUCUUGCUGCUGGGUUUGCAUUGGGCUUCAUCAACCUUGGCAAGGGCAACAACCUGAUGGGCUUGCACGGCAUGCAGCUCCCGGAACGAUUGCUGGCCGUGGCGGUAGGCCCGCGGCCCAUCAACGCAGUGCAUGUGUUUGAUCGUGCGACAGCUGGUGCUGUUAUGGCUCUAACGCUUGUUUACAUGAAGUCUGGCGACCAAUCCAUUGCUCGCAAGAUUGAUAUUCCCGACACUGAAACACAAUUUGAUCACGUGAGACCAGAUAUCCUCAUGCUCCGAGCUAUGGCCAAGCACCUGAUCUUAUGGGAUGAAAUUCAAGUUCGGACAGACUUGUUGCCUGGCCAAAUCCAAGUACCAAGCCGCCCGAAAAAAGGAAGCUCACAAAGUAGCUACACCUUCGAAAAGGGAUGGAUUGGAUCCAACCUACCUCCUUGCUAUGCAAACGAUCCGGCCCCGCCGCCUGGACCCCACAGCAGCGAUAGAAUCCCCAGAUACAACAUUCUCGCUGGGCUUGCGUGGGCACUGGGCUUGAAAUAUGCCGGCUCAGGCAAUUUCUUUGCGCGAGACGAGAUCUUGAGUCUUCUAAACUAUCUCAGCCCUCGCUUUUUCCAGUCUUCUGGGUACUGGUUCGAUGGUAAGAUGGCUCGAGCUUCUCUAGGUCGUUGCAUGAGCGUCGUUGCAGUAGCCGCUGCCGUCGUCAUGGCUGGCACUGGUGAUCUAGAAGUCUUUCGGUACUUGCGACGCUUACACGGCAGACUCGAACCUGACAUUCCAUAUGGCUCCCACCUGGCUUCUCACAUGGCCAUCGGUAUUCUCUUUCUGGCUGGAGGCACCUUCACUUUCGGCACAAGUGAACUUGCGAUCGCAGCCUUGAUGGUUGCUUUUCAUCCAAUAUGGCCGACUGAGGUCAACGAUAAUCGAGUCCAUCUCCAAGCCUUCCGCCAUCUUUGGGUUUUGGCUGCAGAAGCUCGCUGUAUUGUUGUCGAGGACAUUGAUACGCAACGACCGGUCCAUAUGCCAUUGAAGGUCACGCUGAAGAAUGGAGAAGUAAGGAAUAUGCGAGCUCCCUGCCUGUUACCUGAGUUACGCAGUAUCGCGACUGUACAGACCGAUGAUUCGGCUUAUUGGCGUGUCACUCUGGACUUUGUGGGCAAUCCUGAACAUCUGGAGUCUUUCCGCCAGGAUCAACAUGUCAGCGUGCGACGCUGUCCAGCUGCUGAGGCACAUGAUUCUACAUUCUCUGCGGCACUCGCUGCUUUGACGGGUAUCAAUUUGACCUCUACUGCUUCCCCUGCCGGUCACGGUGGGCAUGGAAGUGGUAGCAGUCAGACUCCUUGGAUCAACAUCAUGACCCUCCCCGCUUUCAGUGGAUUGGAUCGCGCAGACGUGGAGCUUUUGCUCCCUGCUGAAGUUCAGUCUUCUGUGUAUAUCGGGGAGAGGACCACGGUUAUCGAUGAUCGUCUGGUGCUUAGAAACGGGACAAACAGCAUGAGUUUGCAUGAGCUGUGGAACUUGAGGACGUUGUUUUCGUGGGCUGAGAGAGAUCUACUUGUCCCUGCACAGGGAGGCGCAGAGUCCGAUGACGGUGCGCGACCAGAUGUGAAGAGUACUGAAUCCGAGCACGGUGAGCAACAAAAGGUGAAGAGUGACAGGUUCAGAUGGCUUGGUAUGGAGGUCUUGCAAGAACUGAGAGCCGGCAUUGAAAAGAGGGGCAGAAGGCGAUAGCGUACGGUGGAUUGAGAUGCAUGGUGUAGGCGAAACAAUAGUAUGCGCGUAUCGUAACAGUAUUGAGAUCUAGGCCUUUCACUCCGUCGUGUAGAGGACUGGAAUGAUCUAACAGCCAACAGCUGCGUGUGAAGUGAAAGCUGGAAUGCGGCAGAGACGGCGAGCAUUCCGGAGACUAGACGAAGACGACGAACAGAGUACCUUGCUUCAUCAAAAUUCACAAUCCUCAAAAACAACAAAACCGUGUCGCUGGGUCAUGGCGACUCGCCUCAAUAGCGCUGCUCUUCUCCGCGUGCUCCCUUCGAACACUACGACCCUCAUUCGCCAAAAAUCACUACACUCGCUUGACAAGCCAGCCAUGGCUCUGAAGAUGGCGACAGCAAGCAUUGGGCUGCUGCUUCUGGCAGCUCAGGCUCGCGCACAAUCGAGCAGCACCACCAAAAAACCCGCGGGCACAGUCACCGUCUAUGGAUCCUGCGGCACUCCAACCUCGACUCUGUUCCCUCCCCUUUUCUCCUACGCACCAAUGUCUAGCAAGACUUCGACCGCUACCAUGUCGACCUAUAUUCCCACCGUCUCAGACGUUCCGACAUGUGCUCAAGGCUGCGUUGGCGAUUUGGGAGGCUGUGCUAUGGGCGAUGUUCGCUGUAUUUGCAGCAACUCGUCGUAUAUGACGGGAGUGGCAGCCUGCGUCAGUCGGAGUUGUCCAUUCGGGCAAUGUCAACAGGUUGUUGACUUUGGGACGAAUGUCUGCAACAAUGUGGGCGUGACCGUAUUGCCACAAGUUUCUUGCCCUGCAAGUUCAUCAACUCCUGCUCCAACGCCUCCAGUAUAUGGCUCUCCGAGUGCCUCUACUCCCACUCCUGCGCCCACACCCUCAUCAUAUGUCCCCACGGUUGCGGAUGUCCCGAAAUGCGCGCAAGGCUGUGUUACAGACCUGGGAGGUUGCGCUACAGGCGAUGUCAACUGCGUUUGCCGUAACACGCCGUACCUGAACAGACUAGCAGUUUGCGUUCCUCAAUACUGUAACGCGACGGAAGUUGCACAGGUCGUCGCCUUUGCGAACUUCGUGUGCAGGAGUGUAGGCGUCACGAGCUUACCAUCGCCUUCUUAUGCCUCGACUACUUCUCUUGCGCCAUCAUCCUCUGCCGUGUCACCGCCGCCAGGCUACAGUGCUCCCAGUAUGCCAAGCAACUCAACAUCAAUGGCAGGCUCGGCGCCACCAUCGUACGGCGGUCCAUCGAGUGUACCGUCGUCAUCUGGGGUUUCAAGCAGUUCGUCUGUCAUCCCAGAAGGCCCUCCGGCUUAUUCACAGCCAAGCUCGAUUCAGCAGACUACUACAACUACAACAACUCCAGGAGCUCCACCAGCGUAUUCCCAGCCAAGCUCGAUCCAGGAGACGACUACGACUACAACAACUCCAGGGGCUCCUCCGGCUUAUUCACAGCCAAGCUCGAUUCGGCAGACGACUACAAGUACAUCAACUCCAGGAGCUCCACCGGCGUAUUCGCAACCGAGCUCGAUUCAGCAGACGACCACAACUACAACAACCCCAGGAGCUCCACCAGCCUAUUCGCAGAAUACUCCGUCAAGCAGCACAUCAACCUACGUCCCAGCUUUCACUGAGCUCCCAGCUUGCGCUCAAACUUGUGCCUAUACUGUUGGCUUCGGUGGCUGCCAGAUUGGAGACGUAACCUGCUUUUGCCAAACUCCAGGUUUGCAAACUUCAUAUGCUGACUGCCUCAACACCGGAUGCCCUGCAGGCGACGCAACUCAAGCUACUCAAUAUGCCCGAUUGGCGUGCCGAGCAAAGAAUGUUGUGGUCUAUCCUACGAGCAGCUCGUCGGCUGUGGGACCUCCGGGUUAUUCUGGUCCUUCAUCCAGCUCUAGCUCUGUGUCGUCAAGUGCUAGUUCGACAGCUGGAGCACCCCCUGGCUAUUCUGGACCUUCGAGCAGCAGUGCCACGCUCUCGUCCAGAUCUGUCUCGUCGAGCAUCAGCUCUGCUGCAUUAUCUCCGCCGGGAUACUCUGAGCCUUCGAGCAGCAGCUCUCUCGUCCAGCUCAUCCAGUUCGUCCAGCUCGUCCAGUUUGUCCAGCUCGUCCAGCGUUUCUCCCAUCGGUCCACCAGCAUAUCCGCAGCCUACAACGACGACGACGACUACGACCACAAGCUUGACACCGUCAAGUUCAAGCUCAAGCUCGGCAUCCAGCUCGUCCAGCUCGUCCAGCUCGUCCAGCGUGUCUUCCAUCGGUCUACCUCCGUUAUAUCCUCAGCCCACGACAACGACGACUACCACGACUUCGCCAUCGCUAUCAAGUUCGAGCUCCAGCUCGUCGUCCAGCUCGUCCAGCUCUUCCAGCUCUUCCAGCUCGUCCAGCUCUUCCAGCUCGUCCAGCGUGUCUCCGGUCGGCCCACCUCCAGCAUAUCCACAGCCCACAACAACAACGACGACGACUACAACCUCGACGUCGUCAAGUUCGAGCUCAAGCUCGUCUAUAUAUCAACAGCCUACGACAACGACGACGACGACGACUACAACCUCGACGUCGUCAAGUUCGAGCUCAAGCUCGUCUACCCCUCAUCAUCAGUCUUGCCAUCGACCGCGACGGCACUCACUAGGACAUCGACAACGAGUGCCAGCUCCGCGCCGACUUGCUCUACGCCUGCCUAUACAGCUGGAAAUUGCACCAUCGACGGCGGCAAGACUAUUAGAGAGCCCACUACGGAGACAUACUACAACAUCUAUUGUGACGAUGAUGUCGAAGGAACUUUCUAUAACAUCGAACCCACUUACCUCAACGCUCUAUCGUACACCACCUGUAUGAGCAUUUGCGCCAGCAACAACAAUGGAACUGGUUUCUACCGGACCGACACUCCCGGCGCGUUCCCUUGCACAGGAUUUGUGUACUCCAGUGGCAGCUCACCCGGCAAUUGUUACUUCAAGAGUUUCCCCAGUCUGCAAAAAAUCGUCGACAGUACCAAUAUCCAGGUUCUGGCUAUUCUACCGCAGUACGUGUCUGGCUACGUGGCUCCCACAGGCGUCUGCAAGACUGUACGAGGAAAUAGGUAUGUGCUGCACCUGAUUGAUGACUUUGAUCGAAUGUCCUUCACCUCGGCAUUACCAGGCUGUUCGUUAGAAGACACCGUGAACGGACUGGCAGCACAUAUCGCCUACCAUCCGACACCUGCGGCAAUUUUCUGCGAUCCUAGCAAGCAUUACGUUGCGAAGUACACCAAGCAAUUCUGCAAAGCCAACGGCAUUUACCUCGCAUACUUGCCGUCCGAAGCCAACGGCAUUUACCUCGCAUACUUGCCGUCCGGAGCGUCUCGUUCCUAG